GGCCGGGCCGGGCGGCGGGGCCGCACUCCGGGGGAGCCCCGGUGGAGCGGAGCGGCGGCUUCCCGGCCCCGGGGUUAUGCGCUGGGGUGAUGGUCCCGCCGGCCGGCUCUAGGCUCCUCCCGUGCUCGGGAGGGAGCCCCUUCCUCAGCCUCCCUUUCCUCCUGCUGUUGCUGCUCUGCCCCGGCGGCGGGUGCCUGCCGCGCCGCCGGCCCGCGGGGCCGCCCGUGGUGCUGGUUCCAGGAGACUUAGGUAAUCAGUUGGAAGCCAAGUUAGAUAAGCCAUCAGUAGUGCACUAUCUCUGCUCUAAGAAGACAGACAGUUAUUUUACACUCUGGCUGAAUUUAGAAUUGCUUCUGCCUGUCAUCAUUGACUGCUGGAUUGAUAAUAUCAGGCUGGUAUAUAAUCGAACAAGUAAGAUUACAGAACCACCAGAUGGAGUGGAUAUCAGAGUUCCGGGUUUUGGGCAGACAUUUUCUCUAGAGUUCCUUGACCCAAGUAAAAGGAGCGUUGGCAGCUACUUUUAUAUGCUGGUGCAGAGCCUAGUAGAUUGGGGCUACAUGCGUGAUGAAGACGUAAGAGGAGCACCUUAUGACUGGCGAAAGGCACCAAAUGAGAAUGAAGACUAUUUUGUGGCCCUUCGCAAGAUGAUAGAGUUAAUGUAUGAGCAGUAUGGAAGUCCUGUUGUCUUAAUUGCCCACAGUAUGGGUAAUAUGUACACCCUCUACUUUCUCAACCAUCAGUCUCAGGAUUGGAAAGACAAGUACAUAAAGGAUUAUGUGUCAUUAGGCGCUCCAUGGGGAGGAGUGGCUAAAACACUCCGUGUGCUGGCUUCAGGUGACAAUAAUAGAAUACCUGUUAUCAGUUCACUCAAGAUCAGAGACCAGCAGAGAUCAGCAGUUUCCACAAAUUGGAUGCUCCCCUACAACUACACAUGGCCUCCAGAUAAGGUCUUUGUAAGCACACCUACAGCUAACUACACUCUUCGGGAUUACCAGAAAUUCUACAGGGACAUCAAUUUUGAAGAUGGCUGGCUCAUGAGACAAGACACUGAACACCUGGUCUACCAGAUGACACCACCUGGUGUGCGUAUACACUGUCUUUAUGGUACUGGCGUGGAAACACCUGAUUCCUUCCAUUAUGAAAGUUUUCCUGACAAAGAACCCAAGAUUCUUUACAGCGAUGGGGACGGUACAGUAAACUUGCAGAGUGCCUUGCAAUGUCAAAAGUGGGUGGACAUGCAAAAACAGGAAGUGGUGAUAUUUGAGCUUUCAGGAAAUGAGCAUAUUCAAAUGCUAUCCAAUGAUACUACUAUCUCCUAUGUGAAAAAGCUGCUUUUUGAUUUGUGAUACCUUGUGUUGACAGUUAUUUUCCUCACCUGUGAUGCCUUCCCUUAAAUAUGAGAAAAUGCCUUUUAGUCCCUUGAUAUUUAGAUAUUUGAAUUAUUUAUUUAGUGUUUUUUUUUUUUUUUUUUUUUUAAGGCUGUGUUCAAGAAGUUAUUUGGUGUCCUAAAUGAUUGUUUGUCUCUGAUUUGUGUUUGAUGCUUCAUGGUAUCUUCACAUUCUGCAAAUUCGGUCAAAUAUGCAUUUUGGUGCCUCUGGUGUUGUGUCCAAUAUUCACACAGAUUUUUAUUUGGAGAUUGUGCAGCCCCUUGCACAUACUACAUAGAAACAUAGAUACCUGAGUUCCUUUGUAUGGUCUUUGCAGGGUUUAGAGUGGGAGGGCUAGGAAGCGUUGCAAUUUGAGAUGCCCAUGAAACAAGGGAAUGAUAUUAAUAAAUAGGGAAGCACAGUAAACUUUUUAAAGGGUCUUGCAUAUUCUGAUCCACAGUUCCCAGUACCUUAGUUUGUAACUGUGCAUAUCUACUAGGUAAGACAGGGAAGAGGUCUACCUGGUACUGUACUACCUUUGUGAUAAUCUGGUUUUUCUUUUAUUACAGCUUUUGGGGAAAAGAGGUAGGGGUGUGAAUUACUUGAAGCUUCUUAAGUACCUUUUUUUUAAAAAAAGAGGAAUUGUUUGCUUAUCAACUUCUAGAACCUGAUUACCUACAAUCUGGAGUCUGAGGAAUUCUCACCUUGUGCUUUAUUUAUCAGUGAGGGAAAGAAGCUAAACAGUGGUUGGUAUUUGCAGUUACUGUAGUGGUGUUGAGUAGCACAUUAAUUAAAGCUAAUUGAAUACUGGCAAACAAUUUAUACAGUGCAAAAUUGCAUUUCUGGGUGAAAAACGAACUCCUGUAGUGGAAAUGGUCAUGGAUGGUGGGCAUUAAUUCAAAAAGAAAAAUGAACUGUGUGAAAUGGAGUGGGGAAAGGAAGCUUUACAGUGUAAAGUAUAAACCUUGUUCUCAGUCAAAUACUUAAGCUCUGUUCCAGUUACUGGCCAAGUAGUGAUUGGAUCAACAUUGCAUUCAGCUGAAAAGAAACUAUGCUUUAAGACUAAAAUAAUUUCCCAUAGAUUACAAGUUCCGUUAUUGCUGUUUCAAGAAGUUGGGAUAUGCUGUUACUUAGAUGUUUCUAUAAAUUGCUGAACAUGCAACUCUAACUUCCUACAGUAUUGUUUUACUAAAUGUUUAAGAAGAAAAUUCAACUCUGAACUGCACAUAAAUGAUAGUCUAAAGGCCAUCAUAUUUGCAACUUUGAUUACAGAAGUCCUGCUGGAGAAAUACUUUCACUCGAAGAGUUUUCUUUUGCUUGCUUUGAAACCAGUCACCCAGUUAGAUUGCACUUAGCUUUCUGAAAACACAAUUUGGAAUGCUUUCAAAAUGCUAGGUCCUCCAAAAAAAAAUGUUUUAAGAGUUUCAGAAACUCAUCAGAACUAUUGAGGGUUCAUUGCAGAAACUGAAGUUGUAUAAAGGGUGAAGUGUUUAACUAUUUUGGUAGUGUGCAUAAAAUGUUUGCUGCCAUUAAACGUAUCAGUAAGAUGUGUUGAAAUGACAGGCUUGAACUCUUGUAACUGUAGAAUGCAAACAUUUUGGCACAGGAGGCAGAUUUAAGGCUUUAAGUUUUAAUUCAGAAAUUACUUGUAAAUCUAGAACAACUUGAACUAGGGUCAUGGAUAAGCUAAAUAUCUUCUUAGGCUUUAACUCACUUAUGUAGCUUCAUUUUACCCCUGCAUAUUCCCUGUUAGUUUUGUUGAGGGCGAGUACGCGUUUUCCUGAUUUUUUUUUUUUUUUUUUUUUUUUUUUUUGUUGUUUAAUUAAACAUUUAUCUUGUCCUGGCUUUGCCAGGAACCUACAGUUCAGCAGCAAUAUUGCCUAUUUCCAGAGUAAGUACUGAGUUGCCCCAAUCCAUUUGUAAUUGAUAACUGUUGAAAUGGAAAAAAAUGGAAAACACCCAAACCCCAAGCUCAAAAACCAACAAAAACCCCACAAAAAGUCCUUUGGCUAAGUGUUCUAUUUUAUGCAGGGCUGUCAGCUGAAUAAGCUUCAGGCUUGUGUUCCAAGACUGCUCAGAGGUGAUAAAGCUCUUCCUGUGGUCUGACUCAAUUUCUGAAUAAAUUGCUAUGUUACUGUUUUACAACAGAAAGAAAUUACAGAAGACAGUUUAUCACAAUCUGUAUUUCUUGCUGAAGUAGAAUGCCUGUUAAUAAGCACUGGAAUGAGUGGAGCUGGAGGCUGUAUUGCAGGAUACCAACAUGGGCAUCAAGGUCUGGAAAAAUGAGAAAUGUAGGUAAACAGUUCCUAACCUGAUUUGGAGAAUGUUUCUAAGCUUCGUUUAGAUCCUUGCCCAUUAAUUGGUGGCAUUUUUAGUCUCAUAGCAAGAGUUUAGCUUCAGGGUGUUUUUUUUGGUUUUUUUUUUUUUUUUUCUUUCUUUUUAAUUUGCAGUUCCAAAAUACAUGAAUCCAAAAGAUGCUCUUUUAAAAUAUUUUAAAAUUUACUACUACUUUUAAUACUAUUUUUUUGUGCCCCAAAAGGGGGGGGGGGGGAGGGGAAAAGGAUCUUUUAGUCUUUUAAAAGACUCUAUCUUUUAACCUAAAGAUUUGUAAACCAGCUUUCCAUUAGACUAGCCCUAGACUGUGCCUAUUUAAAUAAACUUGUGUUAGUUAACCUGGUAAAAUGAAGCUGGAAAUUUUUCAGGGCUGCAUUGGUUUUUGUUUUUUUUUUUUUUUUUUUUUCUUCUGUUUGUCACUAGAAAACCUGUUGUGCAAGAACAUGAGUACCUGAGCUCUAAUGACCAUGUUAGAGCAAGCACGGUGCUUCUGGUGAGAUUUUGACUGGUUGUGAUGGUUCUGCAGGCUAUAGUUCUGUUUUAUGUCCAGAAGUUUUGAUUUUUCUACCAAAUCAUCUUCAGCCCUUUCAUUUCCAGCUUCUUGCAUGUUAGGAUGGAGUUCUCACUGAGAAGUGAAUGCAGCAAGUAAACUACAUUAUUCUACUUGUUGUAACUGAACCACUUCACUCAGCAUGUUGAAGUGCUUACUCACUACGGCAUGCUUCUCUACAAGGCAAGAGUAUUUAGCAUUACUAUUACAGGUCUGCUAGAGCCAUAUGCACUUGAGCAUACUAGAGUCUUGUGGGGAAGGAGGUCUGAAGAAAUAAAUCUUUAAGGAGAGGAGAAUGUGGUACUUAAGAGGAGUAACUCAGGUGCAUUGCCACACUGCACAGUUGAAAUGUUUGAUUUUACUGACAUACCUUUGUUAUACCUAACAUAUAUCGAUCAUGUCUCGAUAAUUUUUACUUGGUUUUAUUCUUUGGGAUGUUUUCAGAAACCAAAAACAGCCGUGAGGACCAAAUGUAUUUCUUAUUUUUGACAAAAUGUAUAGAAAAUGCUGAAGAAGCCUUCAGCUGUCAUUGUAAUACUUCUGAAGAGGUUCAGAGUCACUGUGUGAUUCUGUUUAAAAACAGAAGGCUUCAAUAACUAGCAAUAAUUGCAAAGGACUUACAGACCAAAGGAAGGAAUGUUUGGUAUUAAGGUAGUUCUUGGAGCACAGUGUGUUCAAGGCCCUCUUAAAUUCAGGGAAUGUUUGGCAAUGACUUUGCUGCUCUACACUUAACAGUAUUUUGUAUGGAACAUAUUCUGAGACCUAGCAUUUUAUAUGCUCUUUUUGUGUAUGAAUGUGUUCAAUAGAUUUUUGAAUAUUUUAUUGUCAAACUUUGGUAACAUAAUAAAGUUGAUUUAAUGCA